AGACCUUAGCGCCUACUAAGAGUUUUUCUUUCUCAACAAGGCUCUUCGAAGUUCUAUUAGGGAACAGUUUAGAAAAUUUUCUGUCUUUUGUUAUAAGUUAAAUCAUUAUUUGGCCUAAAUAUUAUAUUGAGAUGUCGGUCAAGGACGAAAAAUAUGAGGCUGCAAAAAGCAGUCUUGUAGAAGCCGAAGUUGAACGAGAGCAAGAUGACGUCAUAACACAAGAGAGCGAGACGAGUGUUGAGGCGGACGCGGAAGCAGACGACUUCCAGUCGACUCAGAGCGAACGAGACGCCGAAUCGGGUUCGUUGAGUUACUGGGCAUUCAACCCCGGUCGCAACAAUGCCGCUUCGCCGGCGUUCUCGGGUGCGUCCUCGUUCGCAAACGACUCGCAGCAUUCCGAGAGUUCAAUGAGUGUGUUCGAUUUGAACAUUCUGGUGUGUGGCAAAAGUGGGAACGGGAAAAGUACAAUUUCAAACUUCCUCGUUGGCUACGAGAGAUUUCUGACCGGGUUUCUGGGCACUAACUUGAAUGAACCUCUGCAUUGCGAAGUCGGGGAAGCGAAGGUGAAGUUCCGAAGUGCGGGCAGUGGGACCCUGCGCAUCAUCGACACCCCGGGACUGUUCGACUUCGAGGCAGACCCCCAGGAGUGUCUGAGCGCGAUGAGUCAGGUGGUGUACAGUCUGCCGGGGGGACUGCAUGCCUUCAUAUUCGUCCUCCCCUACGACCAGACCCUCACUGAAGACGACGCCCUCAUUCUGGGGGAGAUGAGUCUCUUCUUCAGCAAAUACAUGCUCAAAUACACCUUCUUCCUGCUCAACAGCUACAGAUCGGACAUCACAGCGCCUGAUGAUCUAACUGAGAAGCUGCCGAAGGUGUUCCAAAACGCAGUGAACCAGUCCACCAAAGUGGCAUGGCUAGUGAACCCUUGCGAGUCCUCAGAACAAGUCAAACAGGACCAGCGCCGCAAAAUUCUCAGCGACAUCAUCGAGAACUUAAACAGUGUCGGCAAGUCGUUUGAUUCGGCCAUGCUGACGUGCCAUCACGCGAGGCGCCAGGAGGAAAGUAAUGCACUGAAGUACCAGCGAGAUCUGAACCAGCUGAAGAUAUUCGAGGACAACGAAUUGGCACGACUCAGGAAAGAGAACGACAUGAGAGCGGAGCUGAUGACGCGAAUCGAGUUCGAGUCGUUCAACGACACUGGAAUCGGAAGGAAAGUUUUCAUAGAGGUGGAGAAAGAGUGCAAGCGGCGACAGUUCACUAAUUCCACCUGUCCUGUUCAGUAACUUAUUCCAAAGUGUUCAAUAGUGGCGGCUGCAAUUUAAAACAAUCAACUCAGCACUUUAUUUUUGAUAGAAAACUAUUACACGUCUAGUCAUAUUUCAACACUGUGCUUCUACCUUUUGCAUUAAAAAAAUAGUUGAAUGCUUUUAU